CGAUCGGCACGAUCGCUGCUUCCCAGUGGUCCAUGAAUCUAACCUAGUCUAACUUAACCUAACCUAACCUCAUCUAACCGGAUGUAAUUCAGCCAGAUCUGGUUAGAUCAAGAAUCGAGAGGUAAGCAGGCAAGUGCAAGUGGACAAGUUUUAACGAGGUAGUGUUUGGCAGCUCCGUUUCGAGACAAAAAUCUCAGCUAUUGUAAGAAAAAUUUAAGAAUUGAAUUCCUACCCGACAGUUGGAAAAUCCAAGGAGAAAAAUAUGGCUGUGGUGGUGGAAACCACCAUAGGAGAUUUCACAGUGGACCUGUUCACCGACGAGCGUCCUCAAACCACGCGAAACUUUCUAAAACUGUGCAAACUUAAGUAUUACAACUGGAACCUCUUUCAUUCGGUGCAGACCAACUUCAUUGCACAGACUGGCGAUCCCACUGGUACUGGGAAGGGUGGGGAGAGUGUGUACGGGAUUGUGCUGGGUGAAAAAGCCCGUUACUACGAAGCCGAGCAGAUGCCAAAGAUCAAGCACAGCCGCGUAGGUCUGUUGUCUAUGGUGAAUUGCGGCAAUAACAUGCUGGGCUCCCAGUUCUUUAUCACACUCGGGUCUGAGCUGCAGUCCUUGGACAAUGAACACUGUGUGUUUGGCGAGAUAACGGAAGGACUGGAGGUGAUCCUCAAAUUCAACGAGACUAUCUGCGAUGGGGAUCAAAGACCAUAUCAGGACAUAAGGAUAUCCCACACUGUCAUCUUGGAAGAUCCAUUCGAUGAUCCUGUGGGCUUUGUGGUUCCCGACAGAAGUCCAGAACCUACAAAGGAAGCGCUAAUGAGCGAUAGAAUUGGAGCGGAUGAAGCGAUCGACGAUACCGGCGGCAUGACUGUAGAAGAAAUUACAGAAAUGCAGAAGGCCAAGGAAGCAAAAGCGAGAGCUACGAUAUUGGAAAUUGUAGGUGAUAUACCAGACGCGGAUAUUGCCCCGCCGGAAAACGUCUUGUUUGUCUGCAAACUAAAUCCAGUCACGAACGAUGACGAUCUUGAGAUUAUUUUUAGUCGUUUCGGAAAAAUUGUUGGCUGUGAAGUUAUAAGAGAUCACCAGACGGGCGACUCCUUGCAGUAUGCAUUCAUCGAAUUCGCUGAUCGCAAAAGCUGCGAGGACGCGUAUUUCAAAAUGGACAAUGUUCUGAUCGACGACCGAAGGAUACACGUAGAUUUCUCGCAGUCAGUCGCGAAGAUGCGUUGGCGUGGCAAGGGAAAAGGUAUCAAGUAUCUCGACGAGGACGAAAAUAAGGUGAAAAAACGCGACGAAAAUUAUUCUUCGAGGAAAUCCGAGAUGUCGCGUGAUAAUGGUAAAAACAGAGAGGAGGGAAAAAGAAGGGAGAGCGAUAGAGAUCGCGGCUUCGAACACAGAAAGCAUGAGCGCCGAAGAGAGGACAGAGAUAACAAAGACAGAAGAAAGGAAGACAGGACGCAUGAUGAUUACUACGAUAGGAGUAAACACGACAGCGAGCGAAAAAACAGAAGAAAAAGGGAGGAACGACGAGAGAGGCAUAACGAUCAGAGGAGUCACAGCGAAGACCGAUCGGAAAGAAAGAGCAGGAGGGACGAGAACGGCGAUCGAAGAAGAGAUCAGAGCGAGGAGAGGUCAGAGAGACGAGGUAAAAGGGAUGAAUAUAGCGAUCGAGAGCGUCGGCAUCGCGACAAUGACAGGAAAAGACUCACGGAGGAUGAGAACGAUACGAAACACAGGGAAAGAUUGCACAAGCAUAAAAGAAAACGAUAAAGGAAGAAAGGAUCAGAGCAAUAUCUCGGUAUAUAAUAAAGUAUAUAAUAAAUGUAUAAAAUAUGUAAAUGACGGGAUUUGCUGCUGUUCUUUUUUCUAUUGUAACAAAUGAAUAAAGGCACAGUUUUACAAGAGACGGGCUGUAAU